AUGACUUCAAAUGGUAUCCCGUUAGAUACCGGCGCUUUAAUGUCAGCUGUGCUGGAAGGCAUUUUAUACGGCUUUUCAGUGCUCAUGUUUAUGGGCACCAUGUGGUCUUUGACCUACAAACGGCAUGUGCGAGACAUCAAUCGCCCAAUCGUCAUAGUGGCUAUUCUGCUGUUGUUAUUGAGUACCGCACACAUUGCCGUGGGCAUUGUUCGUGUGGAAGAUGGACUGGUGAAGUAUCGCGACACGUACCCAGGCGGGCCAGCAGCAUUCUUCGCAGACGUUUCGCAAGAAACGUACGUGAUAAAGGAUGCAUUAUACGUCCUGCAAACUCUACUUGCUGAUGGAGUUGUGAUUUAUCGCUGCUAUAUUGUUUGGCAAUCCGUUUGGGUGAUCAUCCUACCAGGCAUGCUGUGGUGUAGCGUCGCAGUCACUGGGGUCAGUGUGGUCUACAGUGUUUCGCAAUCCAGCUCCGGUGCUAGCGUCUUUACCCAAGAAUUUUCGAGGUGGAUCAUAGCGUUCUUUAUCUCGACUGUUGUAGCCAAUGUAUUGAGUUCAGGAUUAAUAGCAUAUCGAAUAUGGGGGAUUGAACGUCAGAUCGCUACAAUUCGCACUAGUACGAAGGGCACUAUGAUGCCAAUAAUACACGUGCUCAUGGAUGCCGCUGUUUUGUACUCGGUGACACUUAUCACCGCAUUUAUCUGUUUCAUCUGCUCGAGCAAUGGAGAUUUUGUCAUGAUGGACUUGGUGAUGCCGAUCAUAUCGAUUGCCUUCUAUAUGGUGCUUAUUCGCAUCGCCAUCAAUAGACAUCGUAGUCACCUCUCAACUGUAGGGACGAUUACUGAGACGCGGCAAUCGGGCGAUCUGCAGCAGUAUCCUAUGCAGCCCCUGCAAUCCCAUAUACCACGAUUUACGCGCAGUUACAAUACUUCAGCGUACGAAAUAGAGAAUGAACACCCGUCAGGGAGGAGGUCACCUACUCGGACGUUGGCAAAGUAG